UGUGCGGAUGUAUGUCGCGGUCUCUAGCGCGCCAAAACUGUCAAGCAGCAACCAAAGCAAAGUGUUAGCUACUGGCCUGGCUGAACUCAAAACGUCGGGCAAAGCGAAGCGACGUCAGAAUGGGUUUGCUCGACCGGUGCCAGGAGCUGUUCAAGACGGCGAGCCUGUACGAAGUACUGGGCAUCAACAAGGAGGCGACCGAGACGGAAAUCCGCAGGAGCUACUACAAAGUGUCGCUAAAGGUUCACCCCGACCGAGCCCCCGACGACCCGCUGGCCACCGAGAAGUUCCAGGUGUUGGGCAAGUUGUACGCAGUGCUUAGCGACAAGGAACAGCGGGUCAUCUAUGACGAGCAGGGCGUGGUGGACGAGGAGUCUGACAUUUUAAGUCAGGAUCGCUGCUGGGAGGACUACUGGAGGCUGCUCUUCCCCAAAAUCACCGUGCAGGACAUCCUUGAGUUUGAGGAGCAAUACAAGGGCUCCGACGAGGAGAGGAAGGACUUACUGCAGUUGUACACGCAGCACCAGGGAGACAUGGACGCCAUCCUGGCUUCAGCGCUGUGCAGCUCCCACGACGACGAGCCCAGACUCGGAGACAUCAUCCGGGCCGCUAUCAAGGAUGGGGAAGUGGAAGAAUUCCCCGCCUUUGCGCAGGAGAGCGACAAGAAGAAAAGGGCUCGCAGGAAGAGGGCGGACAGAGAGCGAAAAGAAGCAGAAGAGAUGCAGAAGGAGAUGGGGCUCGGCCAGGAGGACGACAGCCUCAUGAAGAUGAUCAAGCAAAAACAUGCAUCCAGGGAGCAGAGCUUCAACAACUUCCUGUCUGACUUGGAGGCAAAGUACUCAAAAAAAGGUGGAAAAUCGUCAAAGAGGGCCAAGAAGUGAAGUGCAUGCACACCCUUUAAGUUAUGGACAUUUUUUUUUUUUAGUUAAUGCUUAUUGCCAUUAGUUCGGCAGUAUCAUCUGAGUAUUCUAAUGUUGAUGUAAUAAAAUAAAAGUGCAUUUUAUGUUGCCAAUAAAUUACUAUUCUUGUACACCA